AUGAGUCCUACAAUACUCCUAUUACCCCAGUUGGUAUUGACUUAUGCUGCCUUGAAGAAACAAAGACCCAGUUCCUCGCUAACUUUCAGUGAAGUCAAUGACACCCUGAAAGAAUUGUCCUCUCCACCAAGCUCUCCGACCAAUUUAUCAAGUUCAUCUUCCAGUCGAUCUGGACCUGAGGACCGCCCGUUCAAUCUACAAGUUCCUGAUCUACCCGUGUUCUCUGGUCGAACUGAACAGUGUCCAGGUUGGAAACGGAAGAUAAUGCCUGAGCUUGGCAAACAAGCUCUUUGGAACGUCCUUGACUCCGAUGAUUACCAUGCCAAGAACCCCCAAAUUUCUGAAGCAAUCUUUAGCGCAAUUGCUGCUGCUUUAUCUGAUGGGCUUGCAUCUCCCUUGAGCAAACAAUUGGAAUCUGCAAAAGAAUUCAACGCAAGAAAAUUGUAUCUUGUCCUUGAAAAGAGUUUUAAUACUCUUGCAAAUUGA